UUUUUUCUCCCUUCAAAAAUGAGAGAAAUUUCAGAAAAACAACUUUUGGUGAAUAAAAUACUAUCUGCCUUGCAGAAGAGCUGUAGGAAUUCAUGGAUAGUUUGUGGAAUGGAUUUAAAUGUGGCUGAUGUUGUUUCUGAAGUUACCGCUGCUGAGAUGUCUGAUAUCACACUGAUGCCUAAUUCUGGCAACUCUCCAUCAGCUUCAAAUGCUGAUGGUUCAAAUCCAAAUAAUAUCUUGGGAUGGAAUAUGCUUAGCCCAGUGGGUGACUUAGUGGAAAUAUGUGAGACUGAUGAAAAGGAAACUGGAGAAUCGAAAGCCAUACUGGGACCUGCUUCAAAUGCUGACAAGGAGAUGGUCAGCUUAUCUAUAAAUAAAUAAUGGAAACAAAUCUGAGGUGUAGGAGUUCUUCAAUGCUGAAAAGCUCUGGAUUAUUAAGGUGUUCUCAAGGCUGCAGCGCAGCACUAGACUGCACCUACAAAACAAGUCAUGAACUCAAGAAACAUCAGCGUUUUAUCUUCUUCUUUAUUUCCUCCCCUUUUCUUCUUUCUUCUCAUCUGGUAUUUCUUGUUUCAUGAAGAUAAAGUUCAUUGCAGCGCCACAAGAAAGAUGAAGUUCGUCUUGAACUCACCAAUCCAAACAAACACCCAGUCAUGAACUAGACUGUUUUUUAUCUUUGCUAUCUAUUUAUAACUUUGUUCUGUCAUGAAAAAAUAAAUGGGAUCAAUAGAUUUUAACUU